GAAGUGCGUCGGACCGCUUAGAGAAGGUAGAGGAGGACGAGGGAGAGGGAGGUCGCGAUGGCUUCAGUUCGGUUGGCUCGCGGACUGUGGCGGGGUUGCAGCAAAAGGUUUAUUUCCAUUGCAUCUAUUCCUCAACUUUCAACAGCAGAAAUUGCUCAAAGGCGCAAUGAUCUGUUCACAAAAGAGAAAGAAAGACAACUGUCUCUUAAUCCACGGAUUGAGAAAAUUGAAGUAAAACAUGUGGGUAAAUCACAUCCUGGCACCUUAUUUAUAAUGAACAAAGGACUUUCCACUCCAUACAGUUGUGCUAUGCAUUUAAGUGAAUGGUAUAUUAAGAGAUCUGUGCUUGCCCUUGUAGAUGGGCAGCACUGGGAUAUGUACAGACCUUUGACUCAUUCUUGUGAAAUUCAGUUUCUUACUUUCAAAGAUGAAGAUGCAGAAGAAGUGAACAAAGCUUAUUGGCGUUCUUGUGCCAUGAUUCUGGGCUGUAUUUUAGAACAAGCAUUUAAAGAUGAAUAUUCAAUUACUCUUGUUAAAGCUCCAGAAGUACCAGUGACAUCUGGAGCAUUUUGCUAUGAUGUAAUCUUGGAUAGCAAACUUGAUGCAUGGACACCAACUGAGGAAAAUCUCCAUUCUCUUUCAAAAGAUGCUUUCAGAUUAAUUCAGAAAGAUCUGCCGUUUGAAGUGCUGGAUGUCGAUGCAAAAGUGGCACUUGAAAUAUUUGAGUAUAACAAGUUAGUAAUAGCAAUCUAUAUGUCAGAGUUAAAAUGUCAUUCAGAAAAGAUGUGUAUUUAUCUGUCUGUGCUCAUAUGUAUAUAAUUUGAAACCAGUGUUUCAUUAA